CAGCGCCGAUCGUGUGGCUGAAUCCAGCGGCCAAUUAAAUCAGCAGAGACACGUACGUUAUCCCAGACAUCUCGUUUUCACUCGCCAUUCGGUCGCACAGACUGUAUCGUUUCUGCCGAGUUGUGGUAGUACUAGCAACCAAAAGGAGGUCCCUUGGGUGCGCAACUCUUUGUAUCUCAUUGAGGCUGAGGUCGAUCUGUUUAUAAAGAUACGCUGGGAAGCUGACAUUACGCAAACCCUUCGAAACCCUGCAUUUGCCCUUGCAAGACCCGAAACUCAAGAUGCUUCUCAAUAUACUUACCUCCACAUUUCUCGUCGCUGGCGUUCAAGCGAUCGGCCGCGCUAUCAUCACCAACCAAUGCGACCUCCCUGUCUACGUUUGGUCGGUCGGCAACAACGUCAGCCAGCAAUACACUCUCGGGCUUGACCAAUCCUACAGCGAAGUUUUCCAUACCGAUCCAGGAGCUGACAACACCUCACUUAUAUUCUCAACUAUGGAUGGAGGCUUCUCGAUACCCAACACUAGCCACACGGUCUUCACCUAUACCCUCAAAGGUGACCAAGUUGAAUACGAACUCGACGAUGUUGUUCCAUUGUAUCAGUAUAAUUUGUUUUCCGGGGAAACAGUAAAGAUUACUGCAACGGAUCCGAACUGCAACAAUAUCACAUGGGGAAACGGUCGACCGCCGGCAGAGAAACAAGUGGAGAGUUGUCAGGCGGGGUCGGAUUUAGAGCUGAGCUUCUGUACAGGGCAUUGUUUGCCAGCAUGGUUUCCUUGCGGUAGCAACGCCCCGCCCGGAGACACGAGACAGUGCUGCACACACUGUAUUGGUGAUCAUCACUGCAUUGCAGUUUCUGAACCAGUAUAGACGUAGUGACGAGUUUACGGGGAACAAUUGCAUUGUAUGGGGAUCUUGUUAUCACAAGAUCUUGAACCCUGGUGACUACUUUGGAGCGGCGAAGGUAGGAUGUAAUGACGACAGGUUCCGAUAUGUUUUGAACAGCAGGACAGCACUAAUAUGAUUGUUUCUGUUCUGUGGUGACUUUUGUUCGGAGUAGUCCGUUUUCCCCAAAGAAGCUGAUGUUGAAGUACCUCCUUGUUCCCGCUCAGCGAUUGCGACGAACAAAUUGCCAUAUGAUAUCCCCAAUUCCAAAAUGCAUCGUUCAUUCACACGAAGGAGCUGUAGCAUCAUUAGACAUCUUGUCAGG